GCCGUUGUUGGAAACCGGUCGGCGAUUUCUCGUCGGUUUCCUCGAGGCUCGAGCGAUAAGAGGAAACGAGAAAAGGGGGCGAGCUGAGGAGGAGCGGUGAGCGCGCUUCCUGUAAAUUGCCCUCGCCAACGCCAUGGCAUCCAAUUCAGGACCCGCAGGUCCUGCACCUCCAAAACCAUGGGAAAGAGUGGCAGCAGGUUCAUCAGGUUCUGCACCGUUCAAGCCCCCAUCUGCAGGCAGUACCAGCGAUGUUGUCGAAGCAUCUGGAACUGCAAAACCAGGUGAAGUUGUUCCAGUUGUUGACAGGAGUGCAACUACUAUUAACAAUACUCUUACAAGACCUGUGCCUCCGAGACCAUGGCAAAACAUUGGCACUAGUUACGGAGGCUACGGAUCAAACAUGUACAAUUCAAGCUAUGGUUCUGGCAUGUAUGGUUCAUAUGGGGGCCUUGGAGGAUCAUAUGGUGGUCUUUAUGGAAACAAUAUGCAAUCAGGGUAUGGGGGGCUGUAUGGAAAUUCAGGAAUGUAUGGAGGUGGCAUGUACAAUAGUGGCUUUGGUGGACCGAUGGGCGGUUAUGGUAUGGGAAUGGGAGGACCUUAUGGUAACCAAGACCCAAACAAUCCAUAUGGUCCUCCAUCGUCUCCUCCAGGCUUUUGGAUGUCCUUUCUUCGUGUGAUGCAUGGCGUUGUGAAUUUCUUCGGUCGAAUUUCUAUACUAAUCGAUCAGAAUACUCAGGCCUUCCACUUGUUCAUGACCGCUCUUCUUCAGCUUUUCGAUCGUUCCGGAAUGCUAUACGGUGAGCUCGCAAGAUUUGUAUUGAGGAUACUGGGCAUCCGCACAAAGCCUAGAAAACAGCAGCAACUGGGACCGCCUGGUGAGUUUCCAGCUGCCGCCGGGCAGCAUUUCGCCGAGGGUCCUAAAGGUAGCAGCGGUUCAUGGGAUAGCGUUUGGGCUGACGAUAUGAAGGGAUCUUCCUAAAGUGAAUGCGGAAUUGUUUUAGGUCAGAAGUGAGGAUCGUUAAACUUGCCGUCAUCACUCCAUCACUUGUGCAUUUUGCUGGGAACCAUCUGAUUCCUCAUGUUGCUUGCACUAGACGUGCGUAUUGUUUACGAUUAUGCUUUGAUUACUUGUGUUUCUAAAACAGAAAGGAAAAAAAUAGACAUAAUAUGGUUUGUGCAUUUGCAAUGUGAGGAGUCCUGGUUCAGUGAAAAUGCCUGAAGUUAUUGCGAUGUUUCUGAGAUAUCUCUGAACAAACUCUAGUAUAAUUUAUGCCCACUUAAAGGUUGGUUUUUAGAAUAUUUAUUCCUAUUGAGCUUUAAUCUCU